CGAGGGUUCUGAGCAGAGCCCUGUGUGGGCAGGACACAAACCAUCCUGUGCCGGGAGCUGCAGCCCGCACCCAUUCCAGGAGAGCCCCCAGCAAAGUCCUUCCCUGUGACUUGCUCUCCUGUGCGUGACCUGGACUUGAGCUGCUCUGUCGGAGCUCUCGUGAGCCCAGCACCAGGGAACCAGAGCGGGUCUGCCAGCACCUGCGAGCACGGGUUUUACACAAUAGGGCUCUGCAGCUAAAGAGCUCCGUUAGCAGCUCUGUCCUUCAAAAUACUGAAACUUCUUAAAACCAGAGGCAACAUCGUCCUUGAGCCUGGGGCAUUUCCCGUGUACCGUGAGCCUCAGGAAACAGUAGUGUUUCGGGUGGACGUUUCGGGUAGAGCCCGGAGAAGAGCAGUGGCUCGGUUCUGCGCUCUGUCCGUGCGGGGCUGCCCGAGAAGCAGCAGCAGCAGCUCGGGUCGCGCUGCCGUAGGAAGGUGACGCUGUCACGGUGGUGAGCACCGGACCGCUCUCUGAACCUGCGACCUGAGUGACCGUGAGAAAAGCGGAACGUCUCGGAAACGGAACAGGAGGGCGGGCGAGAAGCGGGGAGGGGCCGCGGCGGGCACAGCGCGGGCGGGGCCGGGGCGGGUUCUCUCAGAGCCGCCCGCGCCCCGGCUGAGCCCCUCCGUUCACAACCGUCUCAGCUAACAGCAACCCCUCAAGAUAUGGCCUCAAAAAGAGCAUUGGUGAUUUUAGCAAAAGGGGCAGAGGAAAUGGAAACUGUAAUCCCUACUGAUGUUAUGAGAAGAGCUGGGAUAAAGGUGACUGUUGCAGGCCUAACAGGAAAAGAGCCAGUGCAGUGCAGUCGAGAUGUCUUCAUUUGUCCUGAUGCUAGUCUUGAAGAUGCCAGAAAAGAGGGGCCUUACGAUGUCGUGGUCCUGCCUGGCGGUAAUCUCGGAGCUCAGAACUUGUGUGAGUCUGCUGCUGUGAAAGACAUUUUGAAGGACCAGGAAAGCAGAAAAGGCCUGAUUGCUGCUAUAUGUGCAGGUCCUACUGCCCUUCUGGCACAUGGGAUAGGGUUUGGAAGCAAAGUCACAACACAUCCUUUGGCCAAAGAUAAAAUGAUGAAUGGAGCACACUACAGCUACUCUGAGAGCCGCGUGGAGAAAGAUGGGAACAUCCUCACCAGCCGUGGGCCUGGGACCAGCUUUGAGUUUGGAUUGGCCAUUGUUGAAACGCUGAUGGGGAAGGAAGUGGCCGAACAGGUGAAGGCACCUCUAAUACUGAAAGAGUGAAACCCUAGUGUGAGACAGGAAGUAGGACAAAUUUGGAUAGAGAGUUUUAUCCUCUGUAGAAUAACUGUAAGCUGUACUGUUGUAAAUACAAUUUAAUUUUGGGUGAAAUUAGCAACUGUACUUACCUUAACUGGGAUACCGUAACAAACCAAAGGUCUUUAUCUCUGGAAAAAGAUCGUUAGCAAAAAGCUUCAUCACAAAAAAGUAGCCAACAUCUAAUAAUCUUAGUUAAGAGAACUCCUGGAUGGCAUUUAAAAAUCACAUGGAAAAAUGUUUGCUGAGUAAAUAAAAAUGAAGCGGCCCUGCUGGUGUGUUGGUACUCCAUGUGUUUUCUCCCAACCCAGACCUACGAAUCCAUUUUGCCACCGUGGCUAUCCAUGUACUGUUCAAAACAACGUCUGUUUAGAUUCUCGCACAGUGUGAGCUGAAAUGAGCGCUGGAAAAAGCUCCCUAGGGAGGGUGUCAGGGCCCCAGGCCUGUCAGUGUUCAAGAAGCAUUUGGGCAACACUUCUCAGCUAUAUGGUUUAACUUUUAGGUUGCCCUCUGUGGAGUCAGGAGUUGGUUUUGAUGACCUUUGUUAGUCUUUUCCAACUCAGGAUAUUCUAUGAUUCAAUGACAUAGAUUAUUAAGUUGUAACUUAGAAUUAGUUAAAACAAUGUUUAGUUUUUUCUGUACAAAUAAGGCAAAUAACUAGUAUUAAUUCUAAGACAGUGUGGGACUAAAUUAAAAGUGUGAAUAUUCGUACCUUGCCAGGCACCUUAGAGUUCCUACAAGUUGAACAUGAUACCUUGAAAUUUGUCUUCUGUAUAAAUGAUUGCAGAUCCAUUGAGCUAUCUGAGCAGCUAAUAAUCAGCAUAAAUCAGGAAGGUUGGAUUUGGUAGCAUACCACCAGUAGCAGUGCUUCUUUCUACUUACCAUAAAUCGGGACUUGCUACAAGCCUAGCUUAAGUGAGCAUAUGUCAGUUUAGAGGAGUUGCUGGGCACGUCUCUGGAAGAAGUAGUGGGGCUAUAUUCCCAUGGGCAUUAAGAAUUUGGCAUCAGUUUUUGUCUUUGCUGCCUUUCUUUUACCAAAUAAUUCUGCUGUUACCUGGCUCUGUCAGCCAUCAUGCUUUACAAGAUGGCUCCUCAUUGGACUCAGAAGUUACCACAGCAUCUGGAGAUCUGGCUCUGCAUACAUCUGAAGUGCAUAAUCUGAACUUUAAAAAAUUGCUGCAUAGGGGCCUUUAUGAUUGCUUAUUUUAAUGGGAAACAAGUUCAUUCUCAACUACUGCAUUUUGGUAAUAAAAUACAUGGAUACUUUUGCAAAUUUAGAAUUUAAAAAUGUCUCUGUGUUGCUAAUAUCUACUGGAAGAACUGCUUCAGCUGUAUGCUCUGCCUCUUAAUUUGUUUAGGAAAUAUGUUUCUUUAGCUUUUUAAAUAUGCUCAAGAUAUGCAAAAAAUUGUAAUCUAUGUAAGAUUGGACAUGUUUGUGUGGUAAAUCCGCACGUCUAACUGGUAUUGCUGUGCAAAUGUAAACCAAAUGAUGGAAAGAUUCUUUGUCCUAGAUACUGGAAUAAUUACUUUGUAAAUGGGCAUGAUUCAGAAUACAGGAAAAACUGUGCA